AUGGACGAUGUGCCUGUUGGAGGAGGAGACGCAGGGCUCGCAGAGACGCUGGAUGUGCGGAAAUACUACAAAGGGUCGCAGAGAUCUGGAGCGGACGUAUAUGCAGCGGAACGGGAGACGCUCGUAGAUGGCGUAACUGACGGGCGCGCGCUGCAGGACACGCGUCGCAAGCAGCUACAGCAAACGGCGGCAGGCGCGGGGCAUCGGCGGGGCGGUGGCGCCUCCACGCCGACCACCCCGGCGCCGCGCCGUCGCCGGCGCCCGCGCCAGUCCCGGCGCGCGCCGCCCGCGGAGAUGCUCGGGCCCGGAGGCCCGCGUCGUCGACGCCCGAGCUGGCGCUGCUGCGGCGGAGGCAGAGCGAGCGAAGCGUUCCGCGCCGGAGGCGGUAACCGCGGGCCCCGCCCCUGGCGCGUCGCCCCUGCAGCAACUGCAGCGCCGCCGGCCCCGCCCCGCCCGCCCGCCCCCGCAAAUGCCCAGCGCCCGCCCUGCCGCGCCCGCGCCGAGGCCCAAGGCGGAGUUCAUGCCGCCCUCCUGGGCCCUCGCCCAGCUUACGUGAGUGUGACAGAAGACGGUCGCAGUGUUUGUGUGGUCUGCAACAAGGUGUUUUCCAAACCUUCCCAACUGCGCCUGCAUGUUAACAUACACUACUUUGAAAGACCAUUCCGAUGUGACUCUUGUGCUGUAUCAUUCCGCACUAAAGGACACCUUCAGAAACAUGAACGUUCUGUGAGCCAUCAGAAUAAGGUCAGCAUGAAUUCAACAUUUGGUACACCAACUACUACCAAUCCAAGACCUUUCAAAUGCGAUGAUUGCAAGAUUGCGUUCCGAAUCCACGGACAUCUAGCCAAACAUCUGCGAUCCAAAAUGCAUAUCAUGAAGUUGGAGUGUGUGGGCAAACUACCUUUUGGAACUUAUGCAGAAAUGGAACGUGAAGGAGUGAGCCUAAAUGAAAUAGAUACAACUGAUUGUGAGAACUCAUUGGAGAGUUUGCAGAUGUUAGCACAAAGACUGUAUGAGAAAGAUCCAAAUAAGCUCGAACGAUGGGAGGGAGAACCUGUGCCUCCCAUCAGUGGUGGUGACACCUCAUCAGAUGAAGGGGAGCCUCUCGCGGCAGGGCAGCUCCAGCAGCAAGCAAUGCAGGGCCUUCAAGGCCUCUCUGCACUCACACCCAUUGCUCCAGUUCCUGUGAAGCCCCCAUUGUUCAGUAUAGAGAAUCAACUAAGGCCCAAGGAUCCAGGAGCUGAAUUGCGAGAUGGUCCUCCAAGACUGGAUUCUGUCUCAGAAGCAGAUGUUGUUCGAGAUGCUACUGAUGGACUGGAAAUGUUGAGCAGGGUACCCUUUGGAUGUCCACUAUGUCCACGUGUGUUUGCCGAGUCGGGGGCUCUGCAGAUACAUGCUCUCAUGGACCAUGGUGCAGCAGAAGGAGCUCGUCGAUCUGUACCACCUCCACCUCCUGUGUGGGAACACCAUCCACCACUGCCACCUGCCACUGUCAAUGGUCUUCCUGAUCAUGGGACAUUGCUGAGAAUAGAGCAAGCCCUAGGUCAUUCUAAGGGUCUGGCAUGUGAUGUGUGUCGGAUGCCUCAGCCUUCAUUAGAAGCUCUUCAAAAGCACCUACUGGGACAUGCUCAACCACGACCAUAUGUUUGUGAUUGCUGUGAUGCUGGAUUCAGCUCCCAGCAACAGCUAUUGAGUCACCGGGAGAUGCAUCGUCGGUCACCUGGUCGUCCCCAAUAGUGAUCACCAUAGUGUCUUGGUAGCAACAGUGCUGUGUUCCUGCUGUGCCUCAAGUUUCUGCUAUUCAAAUCUAGUGACAGAUGAACUACAGACUAGUGUUCACGUGGUCACGCUCCGUGAUCCUCUUCCUAAUGCUGCGGACUUCCAUGCCCCAGUUGCCGUCUUCCCAUUGGGAGUGCCAACUUUUCGUAUACAGAUACAGUUGAUAGACUGAGUUGAAUUGCCUCAGCAGUUGCUCAGUGAAGGACCCUAGGGUGCCUGUGCAAUAUCUGCCUUGGUGUUUGACUGAGGCAGUCUGUAUGCUAAUUGGCUGCCCUGAUGAGGGCUUUGUUAUUUCUUUAUGAUAUUUUAUAUGUAGUUUUGUUUUAUUGUUGCCAAAAAAUAUUCUGUAAGAUGGACAAGUUGAUUUGUUGUGAAUGAAAUGUAGAAGCGAAGAGUGUUUACAGUUGCCAAAUAUUUUAUACCCUAAAACUGAGCGCCAAAUGUUUUCAGUAUUGUGUGACACAUUUGUGAGUUUUAUAGAGUAUCCAGGCAAGUGUCUGGACAACCUGCCUUUUGUAAAUAGAGAAAUGGUGAGCCUGGUCUUCCCAUCUAGGCUUGCCUUUAUACCUUUGUAGUGUACAUAUUUAAGAUGAGAUUGUAUUUCUGUACAUAUUUUGUUUCCUAUGCUCCUGUUUUACGGUAAUGUGCUAUUUAAAACAAGAUAUCUCCUAUUUUGUACAUAUGUAUUGUAGCAGGCCUCUGCCCUACUGAUCUUCCAGCGCCAAUGCAGUAUUAUGUGAGUGUAUGAGGGCGACUGGACUCCCAGUGUGUAUGCGUGACACCUAGGGUGUCAACUUCCAACCCAUUCUAAACAUAUGACAUGCAGCGCUGGUAUUUUUAUGAAGUAUACUUGAAGGAGAGAGCAUCCUCCAUUUUUGACCAAAUCAUGGUGCCAAUAUCUGACAGCUUGGGGGGGGGCCAGCCCACUGGCUUGUGCAGAUACCAGCAUAUCGGCACACUACCCCUAGCUGAAGGAAGCAUAUCACAUCAUGCCGGUAUCAACCAUAUCAGGAGUAGAGGCAGUUGCAGUUGCAGUUAGGACUCAUGUCCAGUGCUGGAUCCAGAGACAUGGGACCAUGGCUACUGGUCCGGUCCUUUCAAAGCAUCGUACAAACCACAUAUCUUAUUCAUCAAUCAUUUAUUGGGUUCUUGAUAUUCAUGUUUUUUGUACUAGGGGGUUAUUUUGAUCUCAGAUACCACAGAGAAUUCAUGCAGCAUGACAGAAAACAAGGAAGAAGUCCUGGAUCUGGCAUCACCUGUUAAACAGUGGUGACCAUAAUGGCUGCGGCAUACCGGAGUGUAACCAGGGAACCGUGAAUGUACUAGGACAAAGUAUGUGCGACAAUGGGGCGAGUCCCAAAUGCUUUCCCUAGUGCACAUGGUCACCCUGCAGAUGUAGAAGGAAUCAUUCCACUGACACCCUAUGUAAAUAUGUUUACCGAAAAUGGGAAGAAAGUUUCAAAAUAAAAAAGAUGAACAAAAAAUGAACUGUUUUUCCCAAUUAAAACCAAUCCUUCCUGUUAUACAUUUAUUUAAUUCAGAGACGUUCAAAGUCAAGAGAUCAAGUGAUACAGUAAAAUCUGUCGAAACCGGAACCUGUACUAGCUGGAAGCCUGCCUUAAUUGGACAAUUUCUCUGGCAUGUGAAUUUAUGUGGUAUUUCACACAGCAUAAAACAGAGUGUGUCUAACGUGGAAACAGAACGGUUUAUCAUGUUCAAUAGGGGAAAAUUUUUAUAAAACUCUAUUCCUGCGAAUUUAAUACGAUUGGCAGACAUGUGAGAUAUUCUUAAUGUAAUGAAUAUAUCUGAAAGUCUGUUUUAAAUUCUCAAUCCUACACAAUUAGUCGUGGCAAUCGCACUGUAAUGGAGAGGGGCUUCAGCUGACUGCAUAGAAUUUGACCUUGGGGUUACUUGUCUCGCAAGGCGUAGGCCAUGGGGGAAUUCCCUCCUCUACCCCCCUCUUCUCACUGAGCUUGGAAAGGUGUACUAGCACGACUUCUAUUCGCACCUCAACCUGCCCCAUGUUC